AUGUUGAAGGUUAUCAACAAUGCUGGCUUGGAUCCUGACGCGGGAAAGGCCAGACCCGAUCAAAUCAUGCUUCCACAUGAUCCGACUUUUAUUCCUGAGCUAAUGUUGCCCGGGUUGAAUGUUGAUUUAUCUGCUCUGGAUAUGGGACUGGAAUGGGUAUCACCCCGUAAAUCCAGUCUGGUAUCAAGCUACGUUCCCAAAUCAUCUGCUACCAACUGGUCACCAGCCGCACAACUGCAGCUGAAUCUCUCAUCUUCGGAUAUCGGUGGCUUCCAGGCAGGGGAAGGCCUAGGAUAUAUCAGUGACAUGAGCAGCGCUAGAAAGGAGCCUCAAGUAGAGCUGCCACCCUACUUUGGAGACGAGGCCGGUAUCUUGUUACAACCGGACUUUGAAUUCGAUGGUGAAGGUAACAUCAUCGAGCUAUCUCCGAAGAAAGCUGCACAGCCAAGGGAAAGUGAAGUCCAAGUGGGGGAUGACCGCCUGAGUACCUUGAGAAAUACUGGAGUCGACUUGCUCGUUGACGAUCAUCAACCUGAUGGGGGUAUUGUCAUGAAUGACAUUGAUGCAAGUCAGAGAGAAGGGAUGGGGAGUCUGCCUGUAUCCGACGGCAUACAGCCACGAGGGCAAGUGACUGAUCCAGACUACUCAAACGUUCCUCAGGUAUCCUCGGAGACAGGUGAAGUAAGGGUACCCUUUAGAAGGAGAAAACUUCCCAGGAUGUUCGGUAUAGAUGAGCCCGCUGAGCUUCGAAACUCUGAUCUGGCACAGUGGAACUCAGAGUACGCGGAGAACAUGGCUGCUGCGGCCAGGGCCAAGGUCCAGAACAGGCUUAUCACCAUUGCCAAAAAGAACGCGGCCUUCUGGGUUCUCGGUUCGGGAAUUGGAGCUGUAGGUGCCGGCUUGGGUGCUGGAGCAGUGCUACAUCCACUUGCUGCCUUUUCCGGAGACCAAUUACUCGCCUCUUUGACUGGGGCACCAUGCAAAGAGAGACGUAGGAAGAGGAACCACGAGGGUAAAGAUGAGGAUGCUGAUGCAGCUGUGGUUGGUAAGAAAGCUCGUACCAUGCAGGAUGAUGAGCCUGAACUUGGCUUAGGCGAGGCUGUAGAAGUGGAUGAAGGUCCUGGCCUUGUAGUUGAGGACAUUGAGGUCGGCCGACAGGCUCCUUCAUCUCUUCGGGAUGACGACCAAUCCAACAUGCCAUGGAACAUCACCGCAUCUAUCAGGAGCAAGAGCUCAGCGUAUUCCCGCCAGAUCUUCGCGAGUGGAGGCGUGUUCUCGAGCAUUGGCGGCCCGCGAUCUGUGGUAAGUCCCGGACCGGAUGGACUGCCGUCUGCCUCCAACGCAGCAGCCCUAGCUGCCUUUAGACGAGGACGCCUAAGAAGUCCGAGUCCACUCGCUGGUCGCGGUGGAAUGACAAACGUCCACCUGCCAAGUGACCAGGACAUAGGCGUAGACAUGUUUGGUGGCAUUGACGGUGGCGAAGGAGACGGGCAACCGGGGGAACAGCUCGAUCACGAUGAAAGGGGCAGCGUCCAAAGGCCCAAAUGGUUAAACAGCAGCAGCCUUGACCAGGAGACCAUCAACUUUUACGAGUACCUGCAGAUUCGCAUUGAGGAGGAGGAUGGUGAAUGGAAGGCCGGA